GCGCCAUCCCGAGUCUGAGGCUAGGUUUCGGUGUCCUGCGAGGGCGCUGGGACCCUCCUGGGUCGUGGAUCCUGGCCUUGUGGGGACUUAGGCAGAAGCAGAGGAGAGCCUUGCCCGGGCGCUCCACCCUCUGCACCGGGGGAUCCCGGGCACGAGGGGUGCAGGCCGCAGCGUUGGCGGGAGCCGGAGCCGGACCUGCGGGAGAAGCAGUAGCCUCGGGACCCGGCUCGGGCUGCGGCACCUGGAACUCCUCUAAGCGACUGAGGCAGCGUCUUGGCUUUGGCCGGCGGGAAGCAUCGGGGACGGUGGCCGGGCCAUAAUGGUGCGCAUGAAUGUCCUGGCUGAUGCUCUCAAGAGCAUCAACAAUGCCGAAAAGAGAGGCAAACGCCAGGUCCUUAUUAGGCCGUGCUCCAAAGUCAUCGUACGGUUUCUAACUGUGAUGAUGAAGCAUGGUUACAUUGGCGAAUUUGAAAUCAUUGAUGAUCACAGAGCUGGGAAAAUUGUUGUCAACCUCACAGGCAGGUUAAACAAGUGUGGAGUGAUCAGCCCCAGAUUUGAUGUGCAGCUCAAAGACCUAGAAAAAUGGCAGAAUAAUCUGCUCCCGUCCCGUCAGUUUGGUUUCAUUGUAUUGACAACCUCAGCGGGCAUCAUGGACCACGAAGAAGCAAGACGAAAACACACAGGAGGAAAAAUCCUGGGAUUCUUUUUCUAGGGAUGUAAAACACACAUAUAAUAAAAUGCCUCAAUGGACUCUGCUUCUA